CUCUGAACUGCUAGUUCUCCACGUCGAAUACUUUUCCAGGGAGAUGUCGCAGGCUGUCGAUGACCACUACAAGGGAGGUGACUUCUAUGGAAACCCUGCCCAUGAGUAUCCGCAGGACGAUGAACCAGACGUUCGUUCUGAACACUCCAAAGAUGGCUAUGGGGCUACGCAACGCCGUCUGCGGAGCUACCAUAUCAUGAUGAUAGGCAUCUCCAGUGGCAUUGGUACAGGUUUAUUCAUUGGAACAGGAUCAGCGUAUGCGACGUCUGGCCCUGCAGGUCUACUGCUAGCUUACAUCGUUGUCGGCUUCGUGCUUUGGUGUGUUAUGCAAAGUAUUGGAGAACUUGCUACCCUGUUCCCAGUUGCUGGGUCGUUUCCGCAUUUUGCUACGCGUUUCAUAGACCCUGCCGUCGGAUUCUCCUUGGCCAUAUCUUAUGGAUACUGCUACACGAUUUCUAUCGCAGCUGAAUGCUCGGCGUCUGCUGUUUUGGUUUCUUACUGGAGCGACAUAACCCCCGCGGUUGCAAUCACGGUCUCCUUGGUUCUCAUCCUGGUCAUCAACCUCCUGAGCGUCGAGAUUUUCGGCGAAUCCGAGGUCGUUGGCGGAACGAUCAAAGUUGUUUGCUUCUUCGUUUGCGUCGUGACGGCUAUCGUCAUUACUGCUGGAGGCGGUCCAAAAGGCGAGGCGAUUGGCUUUCGCUACUGGAAGGAUCCGGGCGCCUGGUAUGACUACAACGGAAUCCCUGGAUCAUCUGGACACUUCUUGGGAUUCGUCUCUGCUUUCGUCAACGCUUCUUUCUCCUUCAUCGGCGUUGAGACAGUCGCGAUCGCCGCUGCAGAAUCUGUGGACCCCCAUCGCGCAAUUCCGAAGGCUACGAGCCGCGUCACGUACCGUAUUGGAUUUUUCUACAUUUUGGGAGCCUUCCUCAUCGGCUUGAUUGUGGACCCGCGAAACGAGGGCCUUGUUUCCGAUUCGGGUAAUGCGAACAGCUCGCCGUGGGUUAUUGCUAUCAAACAAGCAGGAAUCUCCGUUUUGCCCUCCAUUAUCAACGCAGGCAUUCUUGUCUCAGCAUGGUCCGCGGGCAACUCGUACUGCUGGGUUGGUGCUCGAAUGAUUUUCGCUAUGACCACUGAUGGUCAGUUGCCACAGUUCUUCGCGAAAACGUCCAAAAACGGAGUUCCCUAUGUUGCCGUCAUCGUAUCUUGGCUAUUUGGCCCACUGGCGUAUCUGAGUCUGGGAUCCGGAGGUGCAUCGCAGGCGUUCAAUUGGCUUAUAAACGUGAGCACUGUUGCUGGUCUCAUCGCCUGGGGAACGUUAUGUCUCUGCUCCAUUCGAUUUCGUAGCGCUAUGAAAGCCCAAGGAAUUAGUACGGAUACGAUCCCUUGGACAGCUCCGUUCCAACCAUACACUGCCUGGGUGGGCUUCAUUGGAUCCGUCAUUAUCACUUUGGUGCAGGGCUUUCCCGUGUUUUUGAAAGGGAGCUGGAGUACGCCAGACUUUAUUGCUUCAUACAUUGGAAUUCCGCUCUUUAUACUGCCAAUAGUUGGAUGGAAAGUCUGGUACAAGAGUCCUUGGAGUCGUUCGGAUACCGUGGAUCUAUGGACUGGUCGUCUAGAGGAUAAUAGAUUAAUUGCUUGA